AUGGAGUUGCAAUUACAAAAGCGAGCGACCUUGAAGCAUUCAAGACAACGUGCGUUCUUCGUUCCGAGACCGAUCAUGCUGGGACCACAGCUGAAGUCUGCUUUCAACAGAUUGUGGAUAGACUUCUCCAGCGCUGGGAUUCAAGUUUUCAAGCUACUACGGUGGUGUGGAGGAUGUGAGCAAACCGCCAAACAAGAAACGUUGACCGAUCGACGUGGGAAGCAGCAAUUAUGCAAGAUCCACCAACUAUUAUCGUCCCUCUACUUUGACCAACAGACACGCAACGAGAACAACAGUUAUCCAUCAUUACACAGUCUGCUCGUGUUGCAAUGGCUUGUGUGGAUAGGUUUACGGCCGAUAUUCAUCAAGUUCGCAGAGACUGGAAGGCAUUAG